GUCUACUGAACAGUUGUUUUUUUUUCAUUCCCAACGCAAUUUCAGCGUUAAUUUGUGUAGCCAUAUCAAACAAUUAACAAAUCAAACUAACAAGAAAACAAACACUAAAUAACAAUAAAAACAAAUAAAUAUAAAAAAAAAUCAAAGUAUUCAAAUCAAAUAGACACUAACAGUUAAUGAGCGAAAACAACAAAAUAAACUUCCUGUGAAAUACAAAAAAAUACUAGAGCUCUCUCGUAUUACAACUUCUUUUUCUUCUCAAGUGCCUGCUAAUUACCACAAAACAAAAUAAUGUUUUUAGCAAUAUUUCUAUUGGCAUUAAUUGCUUUAUUACUAAGUGCCUUUUGGUUUUCGAAAACAUCCAAAGAAGUUCCCAAGUCUUGGAACGAAUGGAAAAUGGAAUUUCGUUAUCAAUAUUUGGGCAUCAUAGGUUUAAUUGAGGAUUUCACCCAUCGACCUAACGAUAGAGUUGAUCUAUACAAACAACCUGGACGUAUUGCGGUUAUAACUGGUGGCAAUCGUGGCAUUGGUUUGAGAAUAGUGGAAAAAUUAUUAGCCUGUGAUAUGACUGUAGUAAUGGGUGUUCGUGAUCCCAAAAGUGCUGAGGCAGCUGUUAAAUCUUUAGUCGAUUUAGAAACCAGUGGUGGAAAGUUAAUCUGUGAAGAAUUGGAUGUGGGCAAUAUGAAGUCGGUUAGAGAAUUUGCCCAAAAGGUGAAAAGCAAAUUUGACAAAGUGGAUAUUUUAUUAAAUAAUGCUGGCAUUAUGUUUGCUCCCUAUAAAUUAUCCACCGAAGGCUUUGAGUCUCAUUUCGCCAUCAACUAUUUGGGCCAUUUCCUAUUGCAGCAUUUAUUAAUGCCCUUGUUAAAGGCUGCCGCUAAAGAAGAUAAACGUUCCCGCAUCGUUAAUGUUUCCUCUUGUGCUCAUUUAUUGGGACGCAUUAAUUACAGUGAUAUUAAUGGAGAAAAAUACUAUUACCCCGGUGCUGCCUACAGUCAAUCUAAAUUGGCUCAAAUAUUAUCCACCCGUCAUCUGCAAACACUUUUGGACAGUGAACAAGCCAAUGUCCAGGUUAUCGCCAUUCAUCCCGGCAUUGUGGACACUGAUCUGUUUGAACAUUCCGCCACCACUUCGGUGCCCUUCUUCAAAAAACUCUUCUUUAAAACUCCCGAACAAGGUUCUCGCACCCCUGUUUAUGCUGCCAUUUCACCACGCAUUGAGGGCCAAGGUGGCACUUAUUUGAGUAAUUGCCGUAAAGGUCCCAUACAUCCCGUCGCCUUGAAUCGUGAGAAAUGUGAGAAAUUCUUUGAUUACUCCUGCGAGUUAUUGAACAUUAAGAAAUUCGGCGGCGACCAAUGAUUUAGAGCUAUGACGAUGACGUAGACGUUUAUUUAUAGGAUUUGUAUUGACGAGUGUUGUGGGAUUUCUAUCGUAAUAUUUUACUAACAUUGCUUUCUCUAUCCUGUUUCUUUUCUUCUAAUAUACUUUCUAUUCUCAUUCUCCCUUUUUUUACUUAACGUAUUUAAUAAUAUUUAUAUUAAACUCAAUAUUGUAUUGUAUUAUAUUGAAAACGUCCAUAUGUAGUUCUAAAAUAGAAGUGUAAUUAUAAAUAUGAAAUGUGUAUUUAUUGAAAUGAAAAAAAUAAAAAUAAAACAAUUUUACAAACAAACAAUAAA